CUCUCAGUUCGUUUCUGCGAUCGCUGGGUAUGAAUUAUUAAAAUUCGAAAUCAUUCUACCUCUUUCUCUCUGCUUUGCUACAUAGCAUUUAUUUUUGAGAAAGAUCAGUCUUUAUCGAGACGGUUAUACUUACGGAACUCAAAUUGAUUAACUCGCUGAGACUUCUCUUUUUUUUUCGAAAAAACCAAUCGCAGAAAUUUCUAUUUCGUUCUAUCUUCUAAACUAUUUGUUUCUUGUCUUCGAUAUCUACAAAUAAUCGUGGAAAAGAGAUAAUCGCAAUUUUAAUCAAGACACUUGCUAAUUCCUUUGGGAUUCUUAUAAUCGCUUGACAACGAGCAUUCCUGGGAUCUCAGUUCUGUGAAACAGUUUUCAAGAGGGAACAAGAAAAAUAAAAAUAAUGGUUACGACACCAUCGAUACCGGAAUGGUUUCGAAAGAGAAACGUCCUUAUUACGGGGGCUACUGGAUUCCUCGGAAAAGUUUUGAUUUACAAAUUAUUAAUGAGCUGUCCUGAUAUUGGUAAUAUUUUCUUGAUAAUUAGAGGAAAGAAAGGAAUCGAUUCGCAAUUCAGAUUGAAAGUCAUCAUCGAGCAAGAACCAUUUAGAGUGCUCCGAGAAAAGUAUCCCGAAAGAUUGAAGAAACUUGUAGUGGUGCCUGGAGAAAUAACUGAGGAUGGAUUGGCUUUGAUUGCUUCUGAUAAUGAACGAAUUAUGAAAGAGAUAUCGGUAGUCUUUCAUACUGCUGCGAACGUUAAAUUCGAUCUUCCAUUGAAAACCGCAAUCAACAUGAAUACGAAGGGUACCAUGAAUAUCCUAGCGUUAGCUAAAGAGAUGCCACAUCUUGAGUCUUUCAUACACAUAUCCACAUCUUAUUGUCAGUGCGGUGAGGCAGUGUUAGAGGAACGUGCCUAUCCAACAGCAAUUUCACCUGAAAGUAUUAUAUCCAUGGUUAAUACUAUACCUGAUAACGUAUUAAACGCUAUGACACCGAAACUGCUGGAUAAACAACCGAAUACUUAUGCGUUUAGCAAAUCUCUCAGCGAGGAUCUUUUAUAUAGAUCUAAUUUGCCUGCUGGAAUCGCUCGUCCGUCGAUAGUCAUAGCAUCAUGGAAGGAACCGACACCCGGUUGGAUCGACAAUAUCAAUGGUCCAACUGGAUUGAUGAUUGGAGCAGGAAAGGGUGUCAUACGGACGAUGCUAUGCAACCCGAAUUACUUGACCGAUUUAAUGCCUUGCGAUAUAGCUGUUAACUCCAUUAUUGCGUUGGCCUGGCACGUUGGUUUGGAAAAACCUGAGAAACCAAUUUUCAUGAAUGUCACGGAAAGUGGAGAAAAUCCUAUAUCAUGGGGCAGCGCUUUAGAAAUUGGAAAGAAACAUACUCUGAAGAAUCCAUUUUCAGGACCACUUUGGUAUCCAGGUGGAAGAAUAACUUCAUCGAAAAUCUUACAUUGGUUCACUAUGUUAUUUUUACAUUUUAUACCAGCAUAUUUUUUAGACACUAUAAUCGUUUUAACUGGAAACGAGCCGUUUUUAGUGAAAGUCCAACAAAGAAUUACGUAUGGUUUAGAAUUAUUACAAUAUUAUACAACUAAAGAAUGGGUAUUCCGGAACGAAGUGAAGAAAGAUUUGGAAGAACGUCUUUGCUCCUCGGAUAAAGAAAUUUUCUUCAUGGAUACUAAGGCAUUAUCUUGGGAUGAAUAUCUAUUAAAUUAUAUUUUGGGAACAAGAAAGUAUUACCUAAAGGACGAUCUUUCAACUUUACCUCGUGCAAGACAAGUUUUAAAAUAUUUAUAUAUUGCUGAUUUAUUUGUGAAAAUUCUUUUUGGUGUACUCGUCCUGUGGUUAAUUUAUUCGUGGAUGAAUACGUCCAAAGGAAUAACCGCGGCAUUGAUUGGGGAAAAUAAGAUCUAGUUUCUAUUUUAUCGACUCGAUGAUAUUUAUUUUACAGAUUCGAUAUUUACUUUACCGACUUACAGUAUCUUACAAUUUCUUGAUGUAUCAUCAAGAAUCAGGGUAUUUAUUAAUAAAAUAAAAUCUUUCUUAGGAAUUUAAUUUAGGAUAGUUUAUGUUAUCUAUUUUAAACGACAAAGAAAAAUAUAAGUUGACAAUGAUGAUAAAAAUGUAAAUUUUUCCACACUCAUCCAUUGUAUCUUUUACUCUGUUAUUUUCUGUAAAUAUUUUAUGUCUCGUCUAAUCCUAAGUUAACAUUGUAUGUGAUGACGUAACACCUUAUACCUGGAAUGUAUUGCUUAACUUUAUCUGAAGUGUUUCUGUUAACGCUUAACUUUAUCUAAAGUGUUUUUGUUAAUUUUAGUUUUAUAGAAGAAAUGUUCAAGGGAAAAUUACGCUAUUUCAAGGGCCAUUUGACGAUGAAAGGGAUAUUUUCUCAAGGUUAUUUUUUAUGAGAUUUUAAAGUCAUCGGUAUUUUUUUAAACAAAACCCUACGAUCCUUUUUUAUUGUGAAUUAAUUUAUCCUGCAAUUUUGAAUUACAAAGUAUUAGAGUAUAACGUCGAAAAAUGUUUAGUUUGUGGAUAUUUUUUUAAAUAUAUGCAAUUCUAAUAAGCCAUAUAUAUUCUUUGAUUGAAAAAUAAUGUUAGAGGAAGAAGAUUAAUGAUAUCAAGGUGAACUACUUUAGUAUUCAUAAUCAUAUCUUUAUCGAAAAUGCGUGUAUGUAUACUUGCAAAAAAUAUAAUUCAUGUAAAAAAUAAGCUUGAGAAAAAUUUCCAUCAUCAUCCGUCUCUUGAAAUAUUGUAACUUUGUUUUGAACAUUUUUUUUUAUGAAAUCAAAUAUAACAAAAAUAUUUCAAAUAAUGGAGCUGUAAUGUAUACGAUACAUCCUGUAUAAUAUAAUAUAAU